GUGUUCCUGGGUAACUCAGGAGAGGUGAAGAAGUACUCCACCCUUCUCAUCCAACCUGGUUUGGCCAUCAACAGUGACUUACUGCUGGAUUCCACCCAUAGACACGUCUACAUCAUGACCAGCCGUUCUGUGGAGAAGAGGCCUGUGGCAGAGUGUGACAAGCACACUGAUUGCACUUCCUGUCUGGCAGUGAAGGACCCGUACUGCGGCUGGUGUGUUCUUGAAGGCCGGUGUGGGAUGCGUUCAGACUGCAGGCUGGGCUCGGUCGAAGGUCACUGGCUCUGGAGUUUUGAUGAGCAGCAGAAGUGCUUGAGAGUGGAGUCACUGAGCCAAUAUAACGCCAGCCUUGGAGAGCAGAAACAGAUUGCUGUGGGUGUCCCAGGUUUGCCCAGUCUGUCAGAGGGUGACAUGUACUCGUGUUUCUUUGAAGACACUGAAACGGCUGCUUCGGUCCAGGGCACCACAGUCACCUGUGCCACUCCUGAGGCCCACAGACUCCCAGCGCUGCCACAGGGAGAGGAUGCUGUGUCCGUCGCGCUGUCCCUGCGCUUUCGGACGGUCACCGUAGCGCUUGCAGACUUCACCUUCUACGACUGCUCUGUGGCGCAGCAGCUCUCUGGCACCAGGCCGUGUAGGGGCUGUGUGAACAGCCGCUGGAAAUGUAACUGGUGUGUCCACCAGCAUGUGUGCACUCACCGGUCCACGUGUGACCGUGGUGUGAUCAUCUACAACCAGCAUUUUUCACCCUCCACGUCUGCUUCUCAAACAAUAAAAGACUUUGACGCGUACACGUACACCCCCUCCACACCCACGACAUCAAUCCUCUCCACCACUGAGGAGGCCAUAACGACCGAAACCGCUGUCACAACUACCCCUCCAGUGACCCCACCCACUACUCCAGAGCCCACGGCCGCCCCCACCACAGCUCUGGAAACCACAACCCCCCUCGAGCAAACACCCACCACCCCCAACCAUGCUACAACCUCCUCUACACACCCAUCCAGUGCCACUACAGAGUCAACCGAUACCAUCUCAGAGGGCACCACCCUCUCACAAAAUACCUCUUGGGUGGAGGAGAGCAUCCAGGUAGGUUUGCUGUCAACACCAACCCCGCAGUCAUACGAAGAGCUGGUGGGACCUUCGUCGCGUGAAGAGGCCGCUGAAGUGACACUGCCUGCGUUGAGAGCUGGGGAAGUGGUGACGAUGGGCCCGCUGAUUGAAGCACUGCCCUCAUCCACCUCUGAAGUGGUCACCCUCUCGCAGACCGAGAUGGAUAUAGAUGCUCUUAUAGACACGGGCGUCCCUGUGUCGUCAGCCAGCGCCCCCUCUGGCGACGGCGAGGCAGGGCCUGAUUCAUCUGAUUUCCCCCUCGCUCCAGACACAGAUUACCAGUCCGACUCAGCUGACCUUUUCCUCCUGGAAGAGGAGAGUUUACUCGUGAGCAGAGGUCCUCACACCUGUCCCUGUGUGGAGGCCAUCCAGGGCAGCUCCCUCCUUCCUGUCAAUGUCGAGAGGAAGAUCACUCUGCUGGGGCGCAACUUACACCUCUAUCAGGACAAAGAUCUUGAUUAUCAGUGUGUGUUGGUGAUUGAGGGCCGAUCGGUGGUGGUGGACGCUUUCGUGGAAGUGGACGACUCUCAGCCAUCUUUGUUCUUCAUUACCUGCCAGCUUCACCAGUACUCUUAUUCGGCUGCGGUGGAGGAAUACAGGAGCUUGAUCUCAGUCAGGAGGAGGGACUCUUUCCAGGUGGAUUACCCAGAGGACCUUCAUGUGCGGCUGUAUAACUGCUCCGUGGGCCGGUCCGACUGCAGUCGCUGUCACACAGCUGAUCAGCGGUACGAGUGUGUGUGGUGUGAAGGGUCUCGCUCCAGCUGCGUCUACAGGAGCUCCUGCACCCAACACGUCCAGCAGACCUGUCCUGCUCCUCACAUACACACGAUUGAGCCUCUUUCUGGUCCAGUGGAGGGUGGCACAGUGCUCACGGUGUCCGGCUCUAAUCUGGGUCAGAGAGCUGAAGACAUCCAGCACUCAGUGACGGUAGCCGGAGUCCCCUGCACGGUCAUCCCCGACAGAUACGAGGUGUCCUCCAGUAUUGUGUGUGAGACCACAGCCAGUGCAGGGGAGCAGAGCGGCCACGUCUCAGUUCAGGUCAAAGGAGGAGGAAUCGGGCAGUCUGCCCAGCGCUUCCGUUACCAGGACCCAGUGUUAUUGGGAGUGUCUCCACUGAAAGGCCCAAUGUCGGGCGGCACGUCCCUCACCAUCACGGGACAGAACCUUCUGACGGGACGUCCCAAUGAGAUCAGCAUCCUGAUUGGUGGAGUCCCAUGUUACAUUUCUCCCAAGCAGUACAACAGUGAGCGUGUUGAGUGUGUGACUGGAGGGAGGAACAGAACCGGAGAGAGCGGCGUUACGCUGCGCUUCGGUCGAGCUGAGCGCCAUCUACAGGACGUCCUCUAUCAGUACACCCCAGACCCCAACGUGACCCAUGCUGCUCCCUCCCGAAGCUUCAUCAGCGGGGGUCGUAUCAUUCGAGUGUCUGGCCAGCAUCUGGACGUGGUACAGGAGCCUCGUAUCCACGUGACCCUGUCCCCACUGGAGCCACACUCACAGAAGAGGAAGAGGAAGAGGAGCAGCGUGGAUCCCAGUCUCCUCAGAAGAGCUCGGCGGAUCGUCCCAGAGCCCAACUGUCCUGAAGAUAGUCUCUGUGUGGUCAAACAGGUAGAGUUCACACAAGUGGAGGAGCGGUGCACAGUGAACAGCUCGACUCUGAUCCUGUGUCCCACUCCGGAGGUGGGCCCCGAGGCCCUGCGUGCUGCUGUCAGCGUGCGCUUCCUCCUGGAUAACCUGCACUUUGAGUUUGAGGCGGUCAGUGGCAACCCCUUCAGUUAUGAGCCCAAUCCUGUCCUUCACAGCCUCAAUCAACACGAGCCCAGCAAACCCUUCAGAUACAAACCCGGCAGCAUCAUCUCUGUGGAGGGGGAGAAUCUGGACCUGGCCAUUUCUAAAGAGGAAGUGGUUGCUCUGAUCGGUGAUGGAGAGUGUGCUGUGAAGACUUUAACCAGAACCCAUCUGUACUGUGAGCCUCCGUCACUGCAGCCGUCAGUGACCGCGCUGAAGAAACGAGAGGCGGCCGACACGCUCCCAGACUUCACUGUGAGGAUGGGGAAUCUGAACUUUUCUCUGGGACGGGUGCAGUAUGAUUCUCAGGGCCCCGCUGCGUUCCCUCUGGAGGCUCAGGUGGGGGUCGGGGUGGGCGCCUCCAUCGUGGCUCUUAUUGUGCUGGUUAUCGUGCUCAUAUACAGGAGGAAAAGCAAGCAAGCACUGAGAGACUAUAAGAAAGUCCAGAUCCAGCUGGAGAACUUGGAGACGAGUGUCCGAGACCGCUGUAAAAAGGAGUUCACAGAUCUGAUGACUGAGAUGAUGGAUGUGUCCAGUGAUCUCAUGGGCUCUGGGAUUCCAGUCCUGGAUUAUCGUAAAUACUCGGAGAGGAUCUUCUUCCCCGGUCACCGUGAUUCUCCUCUGAGACGGGACCUUGACGUUCCCGCCUGUCGCCGGGCCACAGUGGAGCAAGGCCUGGUUCAGCUCUCCAACCUGCUAAACAGCAAACUGUUCCUCACCAAGUUCAUCCACACUCUGGAAGCCCAGCGGACCUUCUCUCCGCGGGACAGGGCGUAUGUGGCCUCCCUCCUCACGGUGGCGCUGCACGGCAAGCUGGAGUAUUUCACCGACAUCCUAAAGACUCUGCUCAGUCACCUGGUGGAGCAGUACACCACGAAAAACCCCAAACUCAUGCUGCGCAGGACCGAGUCUGUGGUGGAGAAGCUGCUGACUAACUGGAUGUCCAUAUGUCUUUACAGCUUCCUCAGAGACACAGCAGGUGAGGCGUUCUACAUGCUGUUCAGAGCCAUAAAGCACCAGGUGGAUAAAGGCCCAGUGGACGCUGUCACAGGCAAAGCCAAAUACACACUCAACGACAACCGACUGCUGCGGGAGGACGUGGAGUACCGCACACUGACUCUGAAUGUCCUGGUGAGCAGCGGGGGUGCGGGCGAGUCUCAGACGGUCCCCACUAAAGUGCUGGACUGUGACACCAUCACACAGGUGAAGGAGAAGAUCGUGGAGCAGACGUGGAAGGGCACGUCAUACUCCCAGAGACCCUCCGCAGACGCUGUGCAUCUGGAGUGGAGGGCUGGGGUGGCUGGUCAUCUGAUCUUGUCGGAUCAGGACUUGACAUCAGUGGUCCAGGGGUCCUGGAAGCGCCUCAACACCUUACAACACUACAAGGUCCCAGACGGAGCCACAGUAACACUGGUGUCACGACGGUCCAAGCAGAUCCACCACGACAGCCAAGACUACGUCCCAGGAGAGAAGACCCCGAUGUUGGAGGAUGGAGAUGAAGGAGGAGUGAAGCAGUGGCACCUGGUGAAGGCCGGUGAGGAGGCGGAGCUACCCAAACACAGACGGGGCAGUCUGAGAGACAAAGAGCGUGAGAGAGCCAAGGCCAUCCCAGAGAUCUACCUCACACGCCUGCUGUCUGUGAAGGGCACCCUGCAGAAGUUCGUAGACGAUCUGUUCAUGGUGAUUCUGAGCACCAGUCAGCCGGUUCCUCUGGCUGUCAAAUAUUUCUUUGAUCUGUUGGACGACCAGGCCGCCCAGCACAACAUCACAGACCCAGAGACCAUCCACAUAUGGAAAACAAACAGCUUGCCGCUGAGAUUCUGGAUUAAUAUCUUGAAGAACCCCCAGUUCAUCUUCGAUGUGCAGGCCUCGGACAAUGUAGACGCGGUGCUGUCAGUCAUUGCUCAGACCUUCAUGGACUCCUGCACCAUCGCCGACCACAAACUGGGCAGGGACUCCCCGAUCAACAAGCUCCUGUACGCUCGGGACAUCCCACGCUACAAACAGAUGGUGGAGAAAUAUUAUUCAGAUAUAAGACAGACCAUCCCCGUCAGUGACCAAGAGAUGAACUCUUCUCUAGCUGAACUCUCAAGGAACUACUCUAAUGAAGUUAAUCAUCUAGUGGCAUUGCACGAGUUGUACAAGUACAUCAACAAAUACUAUGAUCAGAUCAUCACAGCUUUAGAGGAGGACUCCACUGCUCAAAAGAUGCAGCUGGGCUACAGACUCCAACAGAUCGCUGCAGCUGUGGAGAAUAAAGUCACUGACCUCUGACCUGUAACCACGGACAGAUGCUCGGAAAGACUGUAAAAGAGACAAAGCCCGUGGCAGAAAGAGAGCAGAGACCUCGCCAGAAGGCAUGAACUCGUACUUCCUGAAGCCUCCAGAGCACGGAGGAUAUCUGAGACGGAUGAUUCCCAUUAAAGACAGCAUUCACAGAUUGGAGGAGCGUGAACCUCUCACAGAUGUCACAUGUACACUGGAGCUGGUCUGUAGAGUUGCAUCUGCACAGCCGUCACUCACCCACACACUUCUGAGAGGAGUCCUUUAUCUGAUGCGCUAGUGCUACAGGGUUUCCUGCAUUGAGACGUGCGGCCCGAGCACAGAAUGAUCAAAACACCACAUCUUCUGGAUUUAAAAAAGAAGUCUUACAAAGGCCUGUUACUGUUCGGUGGAUUCUUAAUAAACUGUUUAUCCAUGCAUUCAGUGUGAUGCGCUUUAUGUUGCAGCCUUUGACCUACUCAUAAAGAACAAAGGAUGGCUUCUGAGGACAACUGAAACGUCUUGCUCAACUCUCCCAUUGACCUUUCGUUAACAUUUCUCUUGAAAACAGGUUUUAUCCAGAUUUUUUUAGUUUUGUUUUAAAUGAAAAACACUGGUUUAAGGGACGUCGCCCCAACAGGGCCGUCUGAGAUGUUUUCAUGUGGCACAGGCUACAGUAUUAUAUACAUUAACAUGCAUGAAUACUCACCGUGAAUCUUAGGUUGGCACAUGCAAGUCGCGUGUGCAUUUUAUUGUGGAUUCGGAUCGUGUAAAUGGCAGGUUAACCCGAUUAACACACCUAGUUUAGGUGAAUAGGUUUCAUGUAACGUUCACAAUGCUCAGUUGUGCAUUUGUUCUAGUCAUUAAGGUUUGUUUGUUUUUCAGUGUUAAAGUGUGCUUUUCAAUGUAUUUGGUUGGCUUUCAGUAAAAGAAAAAAAAGUUUCCGUGGCUGUCACCACGUGUGCACACUUAGCUAUAAUAAUUAUGCCUGAAGUAUUUAAUUUAUGCUGUUUUGUUUUUGUUUUAUAUAUAUUAUUUGUGCGAUCAUGACCAUCUUUUCAAACAUUUUAUAUAUAUAUAUAUAUAUAUAAUCUUUCUUUUUUUUAUCAGAUCAUGGCUAACAUAAAUUUAGAUUUUUCUAUUUUUAAAGUUUUCCGAACCCCGAAUGCACAUUUUAUUGUGAGCUGUUGUGCUGUGUGCAUCGCUCGCACGUUUAACGUUCUUAUUGGUUUUUAUGUAUUUAUUUAUUUAUUUUGGGUUUGAUAAAUGUACAGACCAAAUUUGGUAAUUAUGAUGCACCCCUCCCAAAUUUAAAAUGAACUACUUCUUUUUUUUUUUCUUUCAGCCUGUAAUCUACAGUGGACCGACUGCAGUGGUCAGUGUUUGUUCAGAUCUCUUCAUGCAGAUAAACUGCUCUUAUUUUUGCUGUAGUUCACUAUUGUGCUCACUCUUUUGUACGUAUGUGUGGCUAUGAUUAUUUUGUAAGUCUUGCACAGGAUGUGCUGGCCUGUUUGAAGUGACUGUAAAUUGUUUCUACCAUCAGUUGUUCUUUUACCUGUGCAUUUCUAUUGUAAAUAAAAUGUUGCUAUGAAUCUAAAUGUUUCACAAUUUGUUGGACAUUCAGCUUUACUUUAACAAACUGUUCAGAAAGUUGCAUUGCAAGACAGAUUGAUUGCAUCUUCGUAUUAAAGGAACAGUUUAUGCAAAAUGAACAUUCUGUAAUUGUUUACUUCAACUAGUGAAAUAUGUCUUUAAUUACAAC